CAGCAUACUCGCUACGUCCCAUAUCGUUAUUAGAGCACCAUCAUACGAAUAUAAUAGAUAUGAGGCCCGCGCAAGUUGGAAACAUCGCUUUGAAGGCUGUAUUCUGUGCUUGUGUAGUGUAUACGAUAACGCAUCUAACUCAGAAAGAUAACACUGAAGCACGUGAUGCUCUGAAUGCACUACACUCAGGCUUACAUAGCGGUGUUGAAACUGUGCAGAGAUAUGUUAUCGAUACACAAAACACAUACCAAUCUAGAGAACCAAUAAUCUCCACAAUACCUGCUGGCGGUAGUGUUAAUCAGGCUGGACUCACUGAUACCUACUACCUUGGUUAUGGACCCAACGAUGGAGGCGAUUUGCGCGUUAAGUUUGAAACAGCGUACUAUGAGGCACAAGGCUUAGGUAACGAAGAAGGACUGGAUAGCCGAUCGAGAGUGGACGCUAAAAACAAUUACAUACUAUCGAAGACUAGUAAGUACAUAGAUGAGAGCUAUCCAACAGGAGAAGUAACUCUAGUUACUGGACUAUGGGACCUCGGUAGGGGUGGUUUGGUGAAAAGCGACUUUAAACGGCCUUUCAGUCAGUAUAUUGAUGGACUUAAAGCGAAUUUUCUGAUGAGUCCAAUGCCCAAAAUAUUGUUUCUUCCGCGUGAAUUUGCUGAGCAAAUAAGAGAAUUUGUUUUCGAGAAGGUUGUCAACUUGCGCGUGAUUCCUUUGGAAUUGGAUCAGAUGGAAAAGUGGUAUGGGGAUGCACAUGAGGACAUGCAGAAAAUCCGCACCGACCCCAAAUGGAGUGAUAUAUAUGGGAAGGAUGGCUGGCUGGCGAAAUCACCUCAAAGUACUCUAAAGAAUUACAACACGGUGGUUAUGUACAAGAUUUUUAUGCUUCGCAUAGCUGCGCGAUUGAAUCACUUCGAUACAAAAUCAUUUUUAUUUGUGGACGCGAAGCAUAUGUGCAUGGAUCCUCACCGGAUGAUCACCAAGAAUAUGGGUAUCUUCAAGGAGCACAUGCAGAAGUUCCUGACCACCCACUUUUUCUACGGGCCGUCGGGAGAGACACACGGGUUUGUAAACGCGGAAUUUAUGAAGUGGCUAAACUUACCGGAGCAUUCACAGCACAAAGUGUGCAGAGGGGGCGUAUUUGGGGGUAAGCGAGAAUCUAUUGAAAUGGUCGCUGCUGUGUACGAGAAUAUUAUGCGACAACAUCUAAAAGACGGUUACAUGGGGACGGAGGAGAACGUGUUUUCCAUCUCUCUAUACAGGUACCCACAGUUGUUUAUGGCCAUGAACAAUGAUAACGCUUGUGUGGAGUCUACAUCACAAGACAAAACUUGUGAGGGCUUCACUAAUACUGCAAAUUUCUGUGCGAUAUUCGAUUGGGCCUAUCACGGAGGACCAAAGAGGGAUGGCAAGAGAGUAGAGUAUCAAGACAGGGGCUAGAACGUUUGAACUGGCCGGUGCUCUGAUAAGGUUCCGAUUUAAGACAAGAAACGAAAGUUUAGUAUAGGUGGAAUGAAAUAGAAACACCAGAUUAUAAAAUGCUCAGAUUUACUAGGAGUUGUAUAGUUAUACAAUGGGUCCUAGACCCGCUUGAUAGUUUGGUAUGCUGACAUGUAAGUGUAUAUGUGGGUAAUAGUAAUUGCCCCCAGCCUUGCAUUCACAAAUUUCUACAUACGAUGCAGA